AUUUGUAUUUAUAUAUUGUUUUUCCUUCUAUCAGAUCACAUCUUUGAGGAGAUCUUAUACUCCACUGAUGACAAGCUGAAAGAUGCCCGGAUGAAGCUCGAGGAUGUUGUGAAGAGACGCCUGCCCAAGUGUGUGGGAGAGACGAGAAUAACACAAACUAAACACAACGACAAACAGAGCUUACAGGAAGAGUGGAAUAAAGCAGUGGACGAGUGGAACAAACUUAUCCCAACUGUUUUCUUGGAUAAGAAGGAUUUCAUCAUUGAUACUAUUCAACUGGACUAUAGUGACAAGAAGACUAAAAACAAGGCUGAAAAAAGUCUGGACCUCAUCAAAAAAGUCUAUUUCUACAGGAAGAGAAACCCCACUGAAGGAAUCAACAUUAAGGAAUAUGAGAUAUCCAGUCUGCUGCCAAAGGAGUCUACUGAAUAUGUUGGUCGGGUUUACUACACAAAAAAAUCAGACGAGGAGGAGAGGGAUGCUAAGGAGUGCUUCAGAUGGUGGCGUCUCCGUGAGGACGGGGUGUGUAUGAUUCUGGUCUUCGAUCAGGAAGAGUUUAGAGGCAAUAGGAGCUUGAUCACAGGAGACUGUCCAUCAUUGGACAGCUGUGAUAUAACAGAGGUCCGCUCCUGUAAGGUGCUCAGUGGUGUGUGGGAUCUCUAUGAGGGUCCUCACUACAGGGAACCCAGUUACCGACUGCAGGAGGCGGAGUAUCGAAACCAUGAGGCUUGGGGUGGCAGUGACAGCACUGCUCCUGCUCUGUCUGUUAAACGUGUGACAGAAUAAAGGCUGUGAGUUUAAAGCAUUCAUUUAAUGUUUAAUUAUAAUUUCUAACCAAAAAUAGUCUAAUCAAUGAUUUACACUGCUGUCAUAAUCAUGUAGUAUCUUUUACUUUUUAUUUUAAUGGUUUUCUCUGCCAAUGGUAAUAUAUACACUGAAUUGAGAAUAACUUGAUUAAUUACUUAGCAUGUCAUGCAAUUAAUUUGAUUUAGCAGAUGCUUUUAUCCAAAGUGACUAGAAAAUAAAGAACACCAGGAUUAAAUUAUUACAACUGAUUGACAGUUAUUGAAGCCACAGGUGACCAUAUGAGAUUAUUUUGUGAAUAAAUGUUGUGGCAGAUGCUGCUGACAAAGAGCAGUGCAAUGAAAAAUCAGUGAUGAGAAAGUAAAAUCAUAAAAGUAAAUCAGUCUGAAGAAACAGAGCUACUAAACUAAAGUGGAGGGCGAUUUUAUCUUGAUUUUAGUUCUUCACAAAUACAGUAAACCGAUAUUUGAGCCUAAUUGCUGAUUUAUGUUCUUGUUUGAGCAGCUCUCUAUGCUUGUUAUUAUUAUUAUUCACAAUGUGGUGCUGAUGCUGGGUAAAUCUUCACUAGUUGACAGUAGAAGAUGGUGAAGGGUUAUAUAAUACUAUUACAGGUUUGUUUGGUGAUGGAUAAAUAUAGGUAACUGAUGAAUCUUUUAUUUUCUUGUAAUUUCUUCAGAUGUGUGUGUGUAGGUCAGUGAUCUGGUUACAGUAGGAUAUAUUUUGGGGUUCGAGUUAAUAAUUUUUAGAGAUUUAAUUUGACAUUUAAUGAGUCUUUCUACAUUAGAUAUUUUACCUUUUAGGAUGUAGGAGUUCAUUUACAUAUUUCUGGGAAAACAUGAGUUAUUCAGGGGAUAAAAUGUAAUGCUUUUCAGUUUGUUAUUCUCAGAAACUGACGAAAAUAAACUGUAUUGCAUCAACAACAA